UUUAACUUUCAUGCACAUAUACAUCCACGCAGUCUCUCUUCAUGCUAUUUCUCAUCACCCUUUAAAGGAUUGUCUGUUCUCUUUAUCUUCUAAACGCCAUAAUUGGAUCAAAAGAACCAAAAUACAUUAAAAGACAAGUUCUGGAUGUCUGGAUCUGUGUGUGUUGGCAGUGCAAACAAGGCCAUCAUCUAUCAAGGGUUUCUCACAUGAUGGCAUUCAGUUCUGCAAGUUAUAGCUUAAGGGGCUAUCGCGCAAUCAGAGAGACACUCUACUAUGUGUGGACCAAUGGCAAAGCCAGACAGUGAGCAGCAGAGCAGUCAUCUGUCUGUCUCUCCAUAGUUGGUAAUAGCCUUACUUCCCUAGCGAGGGAGCACUGAUACGGACUGUACUCUGACUGGCUGAGCAGACUAACAAUGGGGCUCAGAGGAAAACCAUCAGCAGUGAUAGUCUUAAUAAUAAUAAUACAUUUCAUUGCCCUUAAGUUCUUUUUGGCUUUUAUGGCUCUUCAAGAUUCUCAAUCACUCUUAAUAUAUCAAGAAAAAAAUAACAAACAUUGAUAUAAGUAGCUCGGGACUACAUCUGAGUGGAAGAGAAUUUGAGAUCUGAAGUGGAAUGGGAAUGUUUUUUGAUGGAUAUACGAGCUGAGAAGACACACAACAGAGAGGACAGAUGUUGCAUAAUGUACAUGUGCAGCACAACACCAGCAUCAGCACUUAGGAUCUCAUCGGUUACAAGGAGACAGGUCACACACGCCAUACUGUACUGCGUGUCUGUGGAAAACUGGAGAAUUUCUCUCCCCGCUGCAGUGGUAUCCCACAAAGAGCCCACAGAGAGCAGUGUUGAAGGUCGACACCAACAUCACACUGGAGGAAUCACUGCGAACAACGUGACGCGUCAGCGCCAGCUCUGCACCAGCCGGGUCCAGUGGAGCCGCAGCUGAGGAGCUGAGGAACUGGGGAUUUGACUGGCAGCUGGUACACCACUAAGGGAGGGGAGAGAGGCGGCUGGGCAGUGGGGUCGACGAGCCUAGCUGGCACUGGGUGAAUGCUGCCUGGCGAGGACAAGGGUUGAGGCGGCAGCAGCAUCAACUUGAGAAGGAGCAUGGCGUCCACGGGCAUGCAGAUAUUUGGAUUUGUCCUGGCGCUGUUGGGCAUCAUGGGUGCUAUGGUGGCCACUCUGCUGCCCAACUGGAAGGUCAGCGCAGAUGUGGGCUCCAAUAUCAUCACAGCGAUUUCCCAGAUGCAGGGUCUGUGGAUGGACUGCACAUGGUACAGCACAGGCAUGUUCAGUUGCACACUUAAGUAUUCGGUGCUUUCACUACCUGCGUACUUGCAGACUGCCCGCACCACUAUGGUGCUCUGCUGCGUGAUGGCUGCCAUGGGCCUCUGCCUUGCAUCCCUGGGACUAAAAUGCACACGCUGGGGCGGUGGACGGCGUUCCAAGCGGCACGCCGCAAUUGCCAGUGGUGGCUGCUUCGUCGCUGCAGGCUUUCUGUGCCUGGUGCCUGCUUCCUGGUUUACCAACGAGGUCAUCACCAACUUCCUGGACUCCAGUGUGCCCGAGAGCAAUAAGUUUGAGCCUGGGGGUGCUGUGUAUGUGGCCUUUGUAUCAGCAGGAUUUCUUUUUGUUGGGGGGUCCAUCUUCUGUAUGUCCUGCUCGGGGAAGAGGCAUGGACCCCAGGACCUGGUCCUGCUUCCUCCCCCUGACAAAUUGCUGCUCCAGCAGCAGCAGCAGCAGCAACAGCUGCUCCAGCAGCAGCAGGAGCUCCAGCACCAGUACUGCUCUCUCUCCCCAUUAGACAAUAAGACUGGCUACAGCCUGCAGGACUAUGUGUAAUAAAGCAGCGCUGUGUACGCUACGGCUAAAGGGAGAUGAGCCUGAGGGGGAACCAUCACGGCUUAUGCUACACACUAGGCUCCACUCCAGAUGGAGGUGGAGAAAAAAUAAGAGAGGAGGGCAACAACUUUGAAUUCAUUUUCCCUUCUCCUCUAUCUUGCUCUUCUCCCUUUUUCUGUUUUGCAAGCACAAGCAGUGGAGGUAUUCCCUGAGCAGCGCCUUGGAACAAACAGUGUGAAUGUGUAAGGAGCCAGGAUAAGGUGCUGCAGCAUCGAAGGAAGCCGCUAACCAAAUGCAGACAUCCUUCAUCAGUAAAUCAAAAAAAGAGUUCCCCGGGGAAUGGAUUAAGCAAAUAAGGAAGCCUUCUGUGUAGAUUUUGUUUUCCUCACCAAAGGUUUGAAUUGAAAGAAAAAAAAGCAAUCAUUUAGCUGCUAUUUACAAUCGUCUGGUACCCUCUCAAUUGACAAAAUAGGCAAUAUAAUGCCUGAGAAACGUUUUCAUAGCAAGCCAUUGUAGUUUUUCGUAUACCUAUCCACUAGAAUGCUACAAAGAAUUGAUUGAAAUAAAUAGUCAUAUUUUUGUUAGCUAGAAUGAUGUUGAUAUUUUGCCUCUAAAGCAUGCUGUGUGGAGCCUGUCUGUGUAUUAAUACAGCGGCAUGCCUGGUAGAAGACUGAGACAUAGCCACAAAAUGCCUGUGCCUGAAAAGCUGUAGAGACAUUACCCUGCUGUAACUGUUCAAAGAGGACUGUCAGGAGGAGUAGACGUGGACUGCUGGGCUGGAUUUGAGACAGAUAAUGCAGACAAACAGUUGCCUGCUUCUCUCUCUGCAGGUGGAAACAUGAGAGAGAUGGAGAGAAAUUGAUAGAAAGAAAUUCAAUGCUUAAGCAGAGUGGACUAUCUGAUGUGCGGUUUCUGUUUUCCCACCCAGACAAAAACAUACUGCCUGUAAGUUGCAGCUACCCAUCCUAAUCCAUCUACCCAUUUCUGCACGCCCUCAGACAUGCACACCCACACACUUCCUCAUGCUCUUGUGUGUGUUUGUGUACACCGUAAACACUCAGACACGCCGGCUCUUUGCAUGUGCUUUUCACUCCUGUCAUCCUCCUCCGCACUGCCAUGGAAACAGAAUUCGGCAUUCAAAUAUGUGUAUUGUCUGGGGGUAUGUGCAUGUCACUCAGUGAUCUGAAGUUGUUUAGGGGGGCAUCUUUUUCUCCAGGCAUGGCUCCAGAAGCUUUAAUCAGAGCCUUUGCUCACACUCCUUUCACUAAUCCCCUUUAUUACCCAGUGACAUGAGGCAGCAUCCCUGUUACAUGGUCAGAGGUUUUGGAAAAUGCUCUCCUUCGCUGCCCCCCUGCUAUGGUGUCUAUACCAUGCGAGUAGACUCACAGGGAUGAACGGCUGUUUAAUGGUGCAGUGGCGGGGAGGCUAAGACGAGGCACAAAAGGAGAGGCUUCUUGAGUCAUGGUCGACUGGGUAGCUGUGUGGCAGGCAGCUAAAAAAGGUUUGAGUCAUUCUCCAUAUGUGACUUGUUUUCAAAGUGCGUCAGCAGUGCGCAUAUGCUACCAGUCUGCACCUGCAGAAGGUCUCAGUGUCUUAAUUGCAGCCACUUGACUAUGCCACCAUUCCUCCUUUCCGUACUGGUCACUCUCUUAUUUUCUCUCUUUGCUUCCUCUGUCCUGUAUGUGUCACAUGUCACAUAGAUGUGAUUGCUGACAAGAGAAAGCUGAUGCAUGCUGAAAGCGUGGCCACCCCAACACACACGCGCAUAAACAAAACUCCCACCUACUAACAUGUCAGUAGCACUGUUACGCUUCCAGGCAGUAAUGUUCCAGAGUGUGUCUACUCUUUACUGAGGGGUGGGGGGAUAUCUGGGGUUUUCAUGCUUCAGACAGGCCUUGGCAUUGAUGUAUAGAACUGCACAUUCUCUCCGUUUUUCUCAUAAACAUGCAGCUUCCUGGGGGAGAGCAGAUGGCUAAGCCCAGCUCGCCACCUGCAGGCUGCUGCCGGCACGCCACGGGCAUCUCUGUGGGCAUCACUGCCGGCCCUGGCAGCCCUCUAGGGCCAGGUUUCCACCCACCCUGACUUAGCCAUCUUGCCCAGCACAGACUACAGCUGACAGAACUGGCCUCCUGACAAUAACUCACUGCCCAGGCACCAUAACCAAUGCAAUAAACAAAGAAGAAUGUGCCAUGUCAUCAACUAAUACUGACACGUUAUGUGUUUGGAGAAUGUGCCAAAAUCGUCUCAUGAUGACACGUUUUAAUACUAUCUGGAGUUCGUUCUGUUUAUUUUUUUAUUGCGUUGUUUGUACGUGAAUUAUACAUCAGCAAAUGUUUUAUGGAUUUGUGAUUUGUUCUGCCAGACUAAGUCUCAAGUCAACUAGAUGCUUGUGUACAGUCCAGUGCAGCUUUCGAGGGUUAUUUUAAAUCCUCUUUAUUCCUCAUUUCCCAAAGCACAGCAAGACUUCACCGGGAUGAGAGUUUUCGUCGGAAAGACACGAGUGUGGUAUUUUCUAAAGAAUAAAAAAAGAGUUGUUUCAGGAAUUCUGGUUCAUUGUAAGUCUGUGACAACUGUACACAAGUAUCUAGGCUUUCAAGGUGUUUGUUUUUCACUGAGGGAUCAGGAUUCCCUCAGAUUGUUUUCAAUAUAAAAUACAAUAUCAUGUUCAUACCAUAUCUUCUUUAUAAGAAGACGACUCAGUGCACCUUUACUUUAUUUGACAGCAGUUUGUUUCAAACGGCUGAGCAUUCCAAGCUCCCUGGACCAGUACAAACACAUAACACCACUGGCACUCUGGAGAAAAAGGGAACAAUUUCUGUCUGAUGGGAUUCAGCAGGAAAACAAGAGCUAGAGGUUUCUCUUUUUUGUGGCUGUGCAGCUUAAUCAUCAGCACGCAAUUUCAUUAGCUUAUAAAUGGCCAGAGUGCAAAGUGACUAGGUCCUAAAAGUUCUGAAGAGUUACAACUCUCCUGCAUAUACUGUACCAAGACGUUGAUUUAUCAUUUUGAUAACUGCAGCUUAUUUUUGUGGAUGCUUUAGCACUUCUUACUUUGCCAGAGCAUAUUUGUGAUGAUUAACAGUUCACAAGUUCUGAUACAGUUGUCUCAAUGUGCUUGUGCAAGUAGUUCUAUUUUUUACCAAUAAAACUAUUUUGUGAAAGCAACAUGUCUGCUGUAUGUAGCCUGCGUGCGAGUCUUGUGUGCUUUUAUGUGUGGGGAUGAUAAGGAUGGAGAUAGCAUUCAUUCUCCUGCCAGAUCUACAGAUUGUUGGAUAGUACAGGCUGUGCUGAGUGCGGCAGGCAGGCUGCUCAUACACAGCACCCAGGAAUACAGCAGCAUCAGUCCAACUAAAACAUGCAUCCAUAAAACAUUACUGUGUGGAGAUGGGUUUUGAAAAAGGAAUUCUUCUUUUAAUACCACAUCCAGUCUCUGCCAAUCUCUCCUCGCUGAGAUGAUAGCAAAGGGUAAUAGAUGAAUAAAAUUACUUAAGGGAGGUUAAGGGAACGGGCAAUAUCUGAUCUCAGUUGUCAGGUGUAUCUGACACAGGGUCAUGAGUUUACUGACAACACCUGAAGCAACUGCUGAUUAAAGAUGACCAAAAGAGAAGAAUAACAUGCAGUGAGAGGUCGUGUAUGAUAGACAUGCACGUAAGGGGCCAAACUGAUGACGGAUUAUUAAAU